AAUAUUAUUGGCGUUUUUCUCUUCGAAGGCUUUGAUUUUUACAUAAAAUUUUAUCAUUACAAAAGUACAACACUGUGUAUUUUCAAGAUGUCUGAAACUCCACUCUUAUAUAUGAAUUUUAAUCAAGAUUCGACGUCACUUGGUGUUGGUAUGAAAAAUGGUUAUCGAUUGUAUGCUUUCAACGGGGACAAAUUGGAAUGUAUAUACGAGGAAGCUGAGGAAGAAGUCUAUAUAGUAGAACGUCUAUUUUCAUCUUCACUAGUCGCUUUAGUAACUCUUCAUUCACCAAGAAAACUAAAGAUAAAUCAUUUUAAGAAAGGAACUGAAAUAUGCAAUUAUUCAUAUUCGAAUACGGUAUUGAGUGUACGGUUGAAUCGAGUUAGAUUGGUUGUCUGUCUAGAGGACUCAAUCUACAUUCACAAUAUCAGGGAUAUGAAAGUCUUACAUACCAUAACUGAAACGCCACGAAAUCCAAAAGGAAUUAUUGCUUUAUGCGUUGAUAACGAAUGUUCUUAUUUAGCUUAUCCUGGUAAUAAUCAGUCCGGAGAAAUACACGUAUUCGAUACUAUUAAUAUAAGAAAUUUAACAAUGAUCCCUGCCCACAAUUCGACUAUAGCUCAACUAGCAUUUAACUCUUCUGGAUGCCUCCUAGCUACUGCUUCUGAAAAAGGUACCUUGAUUCGGGUUUUCAAAAUCCCUGACGGUUCAAGACAAUACGAAUUAAGACGUGGCGUAGCUAGAUGUGCUGACAUUAACUCACUAAGUUUUUCCAACGAUUCCAUGUUGUUAUGCUGUAGCUCUAACACAGAAACUAUACACGUGUUCAAAUUGAACCCAGACGAACAGGAAACCGAGCCUAGGCCAGAGGAAGAACAUGGUUCCGGUUGGAUGGCAUGGUUUGGUCAAAUGGCGAAUAGCGCCUCUACAAUGCUUCCAGGGCAAGUUGGUGAUAUGAUGCAUCAGAAACGUUCUGUGUACACAGCUAAACUGCCCACUUACGGGAGAAGAAAUGUAGCUUGUCUUGCAACAAUUUCUGGCGAACCUUCAGUUUUGGCUGCCAGUCAGGACGGCUACCUAUACGUCUAUAGGGUUCCCCUUGCAGAUAAGGGAUCUAUAGAAUGUUCACUGGUCAAGCAACACCGCAUCGAUGGCAAAAAGGAGGAGGAGACAUUGACAGGUAAGGAGAUUGAUUCGAAAAAUCGAACGACUAUGAGUUAUGCUCAAGUGGUCGGUAAAACGCGUAUGGAAGCUGAGAGUGAACUCGAAUGCGGAUUUAUGGAAGUUUGCGAAAAAAAGACUAAAGGUGACCAACAGAAUAUAGUUAAUACGAAUGAAAUUGCAACUAAGAGUGAACCAAUUGAAAUUCCUCCUGCUAAUUCGGAUGAAAAAUCUAUCAUUGCUCAACCAUCUUCUAUUAGUCAGCAGCCAGCUAAGAUAGUUAUGGAUUGCGAACAGCGUAUUUUAAGUCCGAAAGUAGUUUGUUCAAUGGAAAAUUUGUGCGGAGAUUAUAAUAUAGAUGAGGAUUACUUAAAGAAGGAUGUGUGA